UGUCAAGUUUGGGUUUCCGUUGAAGUAAAAGCUAUUGUGAAAAUGGCGGAGAUGAGUUACGGCGCGAUCUCCACCGUCGAUCCGAUCGAUCAUCUCCCACUCCGUCUCCUGAGAUCCGAGAUCGUUCCGCCCUCCCCGAUCAGAUCUCAAUCUUCCAUUGACUGCCUCCCGGACUUCGCCGGUUACUCAUGGCUUGCCUAUGGAGCUUCCACUCUCCUCGUCAUCUCUCACUUGCCUUCCCCUCUCCGCGGCGACGACUCCCUCUCCGGACCCAUUUUCCGGCAGGUUCUUGAGGUUUCCGGUGAUGUCUCCUCUUCUGUUACUUCCGUUUCUUGGUCCCCCGUCACGCCGUCUGUCGGCGAGCUCGCGGUUGGGUCGGGGAACUCCGUCUUUCUGUUCUCUCAUGAUCCGAUCGAGUUGAACGGUUCUUUUUGUUGGAGCCAGAAUGCCAUAUUGGCGCAGGCAACAAAAGUGGAAGCAAUUGAGUGGACAGGCUCUGGGGAUGGGAUAAUAAUUGGUGGAACUGAGAUUGUUGUGUGGAAGAGGAGGAACCGAUCAUGGGAAAUUGCUUGGAAAUUCGUAGGGGAUCACCUUCAAGAUCUGGUUUCCGCCACCUGGUCGAUGGAAGGACCUUUUGCAACGGCAACUUCUUGGAGUAAACUGCAAACUGAUUGUGAUGAAGCAGGUAAAUGUGUCUUGGCCUAUUUUAGUGAUGGGAAAUCAUAUCGUAAAGUUGCACUGCGUCAUCCACAGAGGAUAUCGAUGAUUCAAUGGAGACCAAUGGCAUCAAGACAGUCUGCUAUUGAUGUUAAUCAUGCACUGAGGAAUGUGCUACUGACAUGUUGUUUGGACGGGACAGUAAGGCUAUGGAGUGAAAUAGAUGACGGGAGGACUAGAAAGGGUGGGAAGGAUGUAAAUGACUACAGAACAUCGUUUUAUGUUGCAGCAGUAAUUGAGAUAAACCAGGUCUUGAAUGGCAAUUUGGGAAGAGAUAUAUUCAUGGUUUGGGGAACACAGACAGGAGGUAUAUUUAAAACCUUGGAAGGUACCAAUAAAUUUUUUUCUAUGGAAAAAUAUGAGCUUGAGCAAGUUGGAAAAUGUGCAUGGCUAGUUGGUUAUGGCCCUGGACAAUUGGUCACCCUAUGGGCUGUCCAUUGUCUUGAUGACAUCUCUCCUAUGAGGUUGCCACGGGUUACAUUGUGGAUGAGACAAGAAUUACAAGGCAGUGGUGUAGAACCACUUACAGUAGUUGAUGCUGAUGGGUCUUCAGAUCAGAUGUCUCUUAGGAAGGUUGUUGUAUUGAGAAAUCACCUGUAUGAUCCACCACUUAUUUGUUCUUUGAUUAAUUUAUCCCCUCGGAAUUCCUUAUUUUGGUCUUCCUUGUAUACGGAAAAUUUGCAUGACGCAGAAGUUUCAUCUCCAAAUAGAUUGAGUUCGUCAAAGUGCGUGGCUCAAAAAGUUCUUGGUCUAGAUGGUCAUAGCGGGAAAAUCUUACAGGUUGCUUUCCAUCCUAUUGUCUGCGAGACUGAGUUUGCUGCUUCUCUGGAUGUCAAUGGCCUGGUGAUAAUCUGGUCUUCUUCUGGUAAUUCCCAUUGUGUUCCUGACCAUUCAAUACCAGGUUUCUCUUGGAGAUCAUGUGUACGGCUGCAAAACCAAAAUUUGAGCUUAAAAUACACAAGUAUAUGCUGGGCGGCCACAUCACUGGGAGAGGAUAAGGUUCUACUCGCGGGACAUGUUGGAGGCAUUGAUUGCUUUAUUGUAAGGAGUCGUGGGAGGGUUGAAGAUGAUUUUCUUAGCCAUUACAUAUGCACUAUACCUUUUGCAGUUACCAGCCCUUUGGAGGAUGGUCCUACCAAUAUAUUCGCAAUACCUUUGCCAAAUUCUUGUGGCAAGACAUUCAGAAGUAACAAGUUUUUUCUUUUGAGCGUAUGGCUGAAAGAGAAACAUUUUGAUGCUCUGUCAUGGAGAGUUACUUUCCAUCAUUUUGAUUCCCCAGGAAGCAGCUGCAUGUGCAAUUUUCAUGACUGUAAUAGCAUUAGAUCUGGUAAGUGGACGUUUGAAGAUAGCAUUGCUGGUAAAACUAUCUGCAUUGCUGUUAGUUCAUCCUCAUCAGAAAUACCUGAACCUCACCGGCAUGAUUAUGUUACCAGUUUUGAUGUGGUCUCUCCAAGCUGGUUGGCUCCAAAAAAUGACGUAAACUGCAAAAAUCCUUUGUAUACCCUGGCAACUGGUCAAGCUGAUGGUUCUUUGAAACUUUGGAGAAGUAGUCUUCAGGAUUCUAUACCUCAUACUCCGUGGGAGCUUGUAGGCAUGCUUACGGUUGGCCAAAGUCCUGUUGCUGCUAUAUCACUAUCUGAUUCUGGUCACAAAAUAGCAGUUCGGUGUGCAGAGGAUUGUUCAAAAUCUGCAAUUACUAUAUGGGCGAUUGUACACCUUAUAGAUUCAGGGGUUUUCAUGCUGGAGGAGAAAUUUUAUGUAGAUGCAGAAGUUGUUGCUCUAAAGUGGUCAGCAGUGGGAAAUGAUCACCUAUUUCUCGGAGUCUGCACACGGAAUGAGAUCCGGGUCUAUGUUGAAUGGCCUUAUAGAAGAACUACUUUAUCGGUCUCCGAGGGUUCUUCAGAAAAACAGAUUUGGCAAUGCGUUGCUGUUUCUGAGACAUAUUCUGCUAUUCUUGAUUUCGUAUGGGGCCCUAAGGCCAUGGUUGUACUUCUUCACGCUGAUUAUAUUAGUCUACACAGGCAAUGGCUGGUUCAAACUCCAACAAGCUUUAACGUAAAUGAUGAUAAAAAAUCCAGUGGUUUGCCUUUAACUAGUGCACCAUCUGGCUCAGACAUGCUUAGUGACAUAUCAAGCUUGUUGGAGAUGGUGGAGAGGUUACAGGGUUCUUUGCCACUUUAUCACCCUCAAGCACUCCUUGCAGCUAUAUAUUCAGGCAAUUGGAAGCGGGCGAUUGCAGCUGUAAGGCAUCUCAUUGAAAAUAUUACUUCAAAUGUCACCUCUGGGAAUAGUUGUACUGUAAAAUCAGUUCUUAAUUGCGGAGAUAUCCUUUUAUCUAAAUAUUAUGAAGGGCUUCUCUCAAAUGGACCAAAUGUUAACGACUUCCAAUGGCAUGGGACAACUGUUUCAAUGAUACAAAGUUCUCAGUUUCAGACAGGGUUGCUGUCAACUUUCAGUGCGGAAUCCAAUUCUUCCAAUGGUCGACACAAUUCAUGCUUAACAGAUUGGGAGCUUAGCAACCUCCGCGAGCCGCUUGAGAAGUUAUCAGAUGUAAGAAACAUUUCCAGCAUAGAGAAGAUCCAAAUUCUUGCUAUUGUUGAUCUUCUUUGUGAAAUCAGUAAUCCACAUUCUACUUCUGUCUAUGCAAGCCUUGAUGAAGCUGGAAGAAGGUUUUGGGUCGCAUUCAGAUAUAAACAACUAUACUUUGCUCGAAGAUUUGGUAAAACAGCUUCUAUGGAAGAGUUGGGUGUCGACUCUAGUAUGAUAGGAUGGGCUUUCCACUCAGACUGUCAAGAAAGUUUGUUUGGUGCUAUUUUACCCAAUGAAUCAUCCUGGCAAGAAAUGCGAUCAUUGGGUGUUGGAUUCUGGUAUGCAAAUGUAGUGCAGUUGCGCCCACUGAUGGAGAAGCUGGCCCGACAACAAUAUCUUAAGAACAAGAACCCAAAAGAUUGUGCAUUGCUCUAUAUAGCUUUGAAUAGAAUUCAAGUUUUGGCCGGCCUUUUCAAAAUAAGCAAGGAUGAGAAAGAUAAACCUUUGUUGGGUUUUCUUUCACGUAAUUUCAAGGAAGAGAAAAAUAAGGCUGCAGCCUUGAAAAAUGCAUAUGUCCUAAUGGGAAAACAUCAAUUGGAGCUGGCUAUAGCUUUCUUUCUCCUUGGGAGUGAUACUUCAUCGGCGGUAAAUGUUUGUGUCAAAAAUCUUCAUGAUGAGCAGCUUGCACUUGUACUUUGCCGGCUUGUUGAGGGGCGGGGCGGUCCCCUGGAACACAAUUUGAUAACGAAAUAUAUACUCCCAUCUGCCCUGCAAAGAGGAGACCUUUGGCUGGCGAGCCUUCUUGAGUGGGAAUUAGUGCGGUACCGUCAAUCAUUUCUUGCUAUGGUUGGAUGUCUAGAGAGCCAUGUUACAGGGAGGUAUGCUGUAUCUUCCAAUCAUGCAUGUUUUAUGGAUCCUAGUAUUGGCAUAUAUUGCCACAUGCUAGCGAAUAAAAACAGUAUGAAGAAUUCCAUCGGGGAAGGAAAUGCUGCAAUACUUAGCCGAUGGGCAACCUUGAUGACUGCUACUGCCUUCAGCAGACGUGGGCUCCCUCUCGAGGCUUUAGAAUGUCUUUCAACUUCUGUCAGCAGUCAUGGUGGUACAGAUCAGACAAGCAUACCCAGUAACGGGCAGUUCUUUGCUCCAUGUGGUAUUCUUGAACCUUCUAUUGAUAAUUCAUCUAACUGGGUAUCAAGCAGUAUUGCAUCUACAAUGGACACCCAUACGAGGUUGGGUCUAGCCAUCCAAUUCCUCUCCAAGCUGUUACAAGAUCAUCCUGGUUGGUCUGUCUCUACAGUAGGACCUAGUGGAGAGACUGCUGUCUUUAUGAAUUCUGAUAUUGAUUGGUACGAGAAAGUCGACAGUUUUCAACAUAAACUGCUAACAGCUUUGGAACAAUUUUACCAGAGAUUUUCCUUGUCUGCCUCUUGCCUAGUCAAUAUGAUGGUCUCAUCAUUAUGCAGCCGUGGUUUACUAAAUGUGGGAUACAGCUUAUUGCAAGGAUGUAGUUCUUCUGGUCUCUUGUCAGAAGAGUCCGACACAGUUGACAAAAUCUUCCCCUGUACAGUUUUGUGUAAAUCGGUGCUGAAAACGGCUGAAGAUAUAUCCUGCUUAUUGUCCCAUAUCAUUGCUGCAUGCAGUAUCACUGGCUUACACUCAGCAUCAUGUUACGAUCUAAUCAAGGUGUCUCGUGGAACUAAAUCAAAGAGGUCUAAUGCUUUGAAAUUCUACUUUCAUGGUAUUCUGCAAUUAUUGUCGAGUUUGAGAGCUUCUAUAAAGUUGUGUUUGGGCUCCUGUGACGGAGAUCUUGUAGCAAGACUCACAAUUGUUCUUGAUUUAGUCGAAUAUUGCUCAAAAGUGGCAAUUGCUUGGGUUCUGGGGGAUUUAAAAUGUCUCUUUCAAAUGUCACAGCCCGUUAUGAUAUCAUAUUUUCACGGGCAGACACCUUAUGAGGUUGAUAUGGAGAGUCUGAAGAAAGUUUACUGCCAAUGUAUACCUGUUCGUGAUCCGGAUAAAUCAGACGUGGGAGUGGCUUCCGUGAUCAGUGGAAUUGUUGAGGAUAAACAAGUUGGAUAUCCUGUGUCCUCAAUUCCAGAAGAUGAAAGGCUACUUGUGGCGCAAACAUGUUUCUGGAAGCAUAUCUCAAACUUCGUGAAAUAUAAGCUGGUAUCUACCUCAACUGAACUUGAUGAUGGUGUUGCGAACAGCGGUGCUCGGACUUCAUUGGAUUCUAGUGGUGAUAUUGCAUCUGUACCUGAAAAGAUCAUUUUGCUUCUGGGAAAGACGCUGAUUACUACCGUCACUUAUCUCUCUUCCCACCAUGUAAAGCAACUUUCGAUUUUCUUGAAGAAGAAGCUGGAGAAGAGAAUUCAGGCUCCAACAUUGCUAUGGUUAAAUGGAUGUAUGGAGUUCCAAACAAGACCUCUCAGCUGGGCCAUCCCAGAUGCAGAUAUAGUGAACACCAACAAUGACCUUGCAGGGCUUUCUCUGAUGUUUUGGAAUCUGUGUGUGGAUCCGUGCUUGGUACAGGAAGCUUUCUUGCUAGAAAAUUUGGACUUCUCAGACUGGUUAAAAUUUAAACCUUCGAGAGAGUGGAGAGAUAUUUACAAAGAGAUAGUGGGGAAGAAUGAGCAUAGUGAGCCACACAAUCAAGAGCGCCAGCGUAGUAUUGGGGAUAAUUCACUCGCAACCUAUGCUCCUCCAAAUGGCUCAAAUAGAGAUACAGUAACCACCAAGGAAAAUUCUGCUUUCCAGAAUCCUGAAGAAAUUUUUAAGAGGAGUGGGGAGCUGAUAGAGGCCCUUUGUUUAAACCCCAUCAAUCAUCAGCAAGCUGCAAUCGCAAGCAACCGCAAGGGUAUAAUCUUCUUUAACCGAGAGGAUGGAGGUUCCCACGAUGAUCCGCCAAACUAUAUAUGGUCUGAUGCGGAUUGGCCACACAAUGGUUGGGCUAACUCUGAAUCAACUCCCGUCCCAACAUUUGUUUCACUGGGUGUUGGUCUUGGGAGUAAGAGAGGAGCACACCUUGGGUUGGGUGGGGCAACUGUUGGCAUAGUUUCUCUUUCAAAGCCUGGGAAAGCCUUGGGUAGUGGUGGAGCUCAAAGGGUUCAAGGUUAUACUGGUUCUGCGGCCCUUGGCUUAGGUUGGGAAACUCAAGAAGAUUUUGAGCAGUUUGUUGAUCCUCCCCCAACAGUUGAAACCGUAAGUACAAGAGCAUUCUCCAGUCACCCAACAAUGCCUCUCUUCUUGGUUGGAUCUAACAACACACACAUUUAUCUGUGGGAGUUUGGAAAAAACAGAGCUACCGCAACUUACGGCGUGCUGCCUGCUGCGAAUGUUCCUCCUCCAUAUGCUCUGGCGUCAAUAUCAGCUGUGCAAUUCGGCCCCUGUGGACAUAGAUUUGCAAGUGCAGCACUGGAUGGAACAGUCUGCACGUGGCAAUUAGAAGUUGGAGGAAGAAGUAACGUCCACCCUGUAGAAUCAUCUCUUUGCUUCACUGGCCAUGCCUCGGAUGUCAAGUAUAUUAGCUCCAGUGGUUCUAUCGUUGCAGCCUCGGGAUAUAGCCCAAAUGGUGUUAACGUGGUUGUAUGGGAUACACUAGCUCCACCUACAACUUCCCAGGCAUCCAUCAUUUGUCACGAAGGUGGCGCACGCUCUAUCUCUGUGUUUGAUAAUGACAUUGGCAGUGGUUCCAUUUCCCCAAUGAUUGUGACUGGGGGCAAAAAUGGCGAUCUCGGAUUGCACGAUUUCCGGUAUAUUGCCACUGGAAAGACUAAAAGGCACAGAAAUUUGGACAGUCGAGAAGCGCAUACCGGGAAAUCUUCUAUUGACAGUAGUGAUCCAAAUCCGCACGGGAUGCUUUGGUACAUACCAAAGGCUCACUUAGGAAGCGUGACCAAAAUAUGUACCAUCCCAAGCACAAGUUUGUUCCUAACGGGAAGCAAAGAUGGCGAUGUUAAACUAUGGGAUGCCAAAGCGGCAAAAAUGCUUCAUCAUUGGCCCAAGCUUCAUGACAGGCACACUUUCCUGCAACCAAGCACUAGAGGCUAUGGCGGAAUCAUCCGGGUUAGUCCCCAGCCGCCAUUUCCACUUUUAACCGCUGGUGUCACCGACAUACAAAUUUGCCCUGAUGGCUUUCUUACUUGCGGCGGUGAUGGCACUGUAAAGUUUGUCGGCCUCCAAUAUUACCAUGAUGAAGGAUGAAAGGGGUAUGGCAUACAUAGAAAGCACAGUUCUUAACCGUGUAGUUGUCCGAGAAAAUCAGCCAUUUUUUGCACAGCCAAGAAAAUGCCAGAGAAAGUGAGUUUUUGUCAUGUAACGCGGUGAUAUUAUAUAUUCCUUCUUUCUUUGUGUGUAUAAUGUGAUUAUAUAUACAGAAACAAACGGAACAGACAAAAAUAUAUCGAGACUGAAUGUGUGAAUUGAGCAUGAUCUGAUAUUUUAGUUUUCUAAAUUAUUAAUUUUUAUUGUGA